UAAUAAAUGAUGAUCCGUCACCCACCCGCCGCGCCGGCCGCCACGCUCUACAGCAGUAGUUGAGUCCCGAUCAUUACACAACGUCGUGGAUGUGAUCAUGGAAAGAAAUAUUUUAAAAUUGUUUUAUCUCGCUUUAUUUUUUGGGUACGCUGUUUGUUACGUAUCCCAAACAUGGCAAUCUUACGAAACUAUAGUCAUCGGCCUUGGAUCAGCUGGCACUACAGCCGCCUCAACUUUGGCUAAAGCUGGUAAAAGGGUUCUUGCAUUGGAAGCCCAGGACAGGAUUGGCGGGAGAGUGAUGACCGUGCCAUUUGGUGAUGGAGUUGUAGAGCUUGGAGCGGAAUGGAUUCAUGGUACAGAACAUAGCCGUGUCUACGAAACCGCUGUAAAAAACAACAUAUCGGUAUUUCCUCAAGACACAAGUUUCGCAGUUUACAAAUCCGAUGGCUCUUUAGGUAACAAGGAACUCAUCAAGGAACUUUUGGACUUUUGUUUAGAGACUGUCGGUCACCCGCCGGAUAAGCCAGAGCAGCUUGGAAAAUUCUUAAAUAAGAAACUGAUGAACUACAUUAAAGAGAAGCAUCCAGAAAUCCUUAGUGAUCAAGAUUUCAUCAACGAAUUUCGUGAUUUAAUGAACUUCAUCAUCAAUAGUUACCAAGCAUCUAACGAUUGGAAUGACGUGACUGCCCAAUCCGAUUAUGAAGCGCUUGAAGGGAAUCAGGAAAUAAGCUGGCACCGAUAUGGUUAUAAAACAUUCUUGGAUCUAUUGUUGAAUACAUACAAUAAUGGACCAGGCUGGCCAUCAUUAGAAAUUAAGCUAAAUAAAGAGGUAACAUUAAUAAAGUGGCCGAAAAAUUCUACAGGCAACGUGGAAGUGCUAUGUAAAGACGGUUCCGUAUAUAUAGCUAACAAUGUCAUUGUCACCGUGUCUCUCGGAGUGCUGAAGGAAAGAGCUUUAACCUUAUUCUCACCAACGAUUCCGGAUAGAAAACUUACUGUCAUAGACAAAUUAUCAAUCGGAGUAGUAGGCAAAACCAUAUUUUCAUUCCAGCGGGCCUGGUGGCCUGAUGUAGUUGGAUUUAUACUCUUUUGGUCUCCCGAGGAUCGAGAGGUAUACAAAAAUGAUCCAUGGGUACUCCAAUUAAAAGACGUGGCCACACCGAUGGGAUCUGGCAAUACAUUGACUUUCUGGGCCAAUGGAGAUACGGCUAAAUUAAUAGAAACAUUACCAGAAGAUGUUGUUAAGAGCAAGAUGAUGGAAGUACUGAAAAAGUUUUUAGGAAAAAACGUGACUGUGCCAGAACCAACUGGUAUGAUCAGAUCAAAAUGGUACUCAAAUCCGUUCACAAGAGGCAGCUACACAUAUGAUAAUCUUCUAAAGCACGACUACCCUUAUGCUCGUGCCAUACUAGGAGAGCCCUUACUUGAUGCAACAGGAAGUCCCAAGGUGCUCUUUGCGGGCGAGGCGACAGAUUUGACGCAUUUUUCAACCGUCCACGGGGCGAGCGAAUCGGGGUACCGGGAAGCUUUGCGAUUGUUGCCACAAACUGUCGAAUAGCACUAAAAGCAUUUUUGUUCAUAUUUUUCUGGAAAUUUCACCAAAAUAUAUUUACGGUAAAUAAUUAUAAUGAUUGUGUGAAGACCUGCAUGUAUUUUCUUGCAUUCGAAUAGGUAGAUUGAAACUUGGAGUUUCAAUCUACCUAUUCGAAUUUUAAAACACGUAAGUACAGUUGCUUCAAAUCUGACAUAGCCAUCACCCUGAAAUCGGCAGACCACUAACCUUUUUCUAUACUACGCGCACAAUAGUAAAAUAAAGGGCAGAGCCGCAGACUCAAUGUUGAAAUUAAAACUAAUGUAGGUAUGAGGCAACUUUAGUAUUAUACGGAAAAAAAAUGUAAACGGGCAUAAUAUUUCUAUACUACGCGUAGGUACAAUAGUGUACAAGGGGCCAGUGCUUUAGCCUCAAUGUUGAAAGUAAUACGAAUAGAUGAAGCAAAUUAUUGUAUUAUACGAUAAAAUAUAUUAAAAAGUCAACGGGCAUAAUGACCCGUCAUAUGUGAAAGUGGUUUUUCAAUAAAGCGUAAUGUUAUUUA